ACCACUGCGUAAGCCGUAGUCGGAAUCAGAGAGGUCGCUAAAAGCGACGCUGUAUGCGCUGUAAAGUAAAUACUUUUAUGUACAAAAAUUUAGAUAUUUAUUAUAAAUGUCGCAACUAUUCAUUACCAGUGCACAAUAAUGUAUAAAAGGAUUUGAUUACAUUAUUUGAAAUAAUGGGAAUUGAUAUUCAACCAUAAUUUACAUAGUCUUCUCAACAUCUCUAUACACAUUCCUUUCUGAACGAAGGGUCUGAAACGCAGAUAUGUACGUAUGUACAAUGUACAAUGAUGACAUGCAAUGUUGAUUUUAACUGUUUCACAUCGUGAUUUGAGUAUGAUACACGUCUCUCGGUAAAUUUAUCUCUUGAUUUGUCAGUGCGUAUAUAUAUCUUUUAAGGGUGAAAUUAAGCAGUAAUGUGGAAAAAUUUAAAUUCGCAAAUAUAUAUAAACUUUAAACUUAAAAUAUACUUUAUUGCGUACAAAACGAUUUAUUGACAUUUACUUCCCGAACUAACGAAACUGAAACAGAAAUAUGUCAAACAAUAUGAACCGAGAUAAACCCGAAUUGUUGACAACUAAGGAAAAAGAAGAGGAGGAAAUGAAACGAGAACUUCUUGACAUGAAAAUGUAUGAAUCGUGGUAUACAUACAAGGAAAUGAAACAAAUCUUGAGUUUUAUUAAUGAAUCCAAGGAUAUGGCAAAUGUAGGCAAAGAUGAGAAAAAUGCACAAAAGGAAUUAUUACAUACUUCUAACGAGUGUACAGCAGAACUGAUGCCCAAGUCAAAUUUAGCACAACAUUUGGAAAUUGAAGAAGACAAUGAUACACCUAAUUUGAUACAUCCACAUAAAUCUAACCACACCUCACCAAUACAUGAUCAACUAUCGCCUUGUAAACACGAUAGUCCUGAACUUGCACCUGUAAUUGCUGACUCUAAAAAUUAUCUCUAUAGAAACAAAAUCUUAGACAAUGCUGACAUAUUUGAUAGAUUACAUGAUAAUCUAAAUAUGAGAGAUAAUUAUUCUUGCAACUUGAACAAAUACAUUUCUUUUAAAGGAAAGAACAAUUUACAAGAUUCUCAUAGUACAAAUGAUGCAGAAAUAAAGAUAGACACACAUUUGAACAAUAGCCAAAAAUUGGAACGAUGGCAGAUUAACCCACUCGAUUCGUGUGUCAGCGAAAAUGAUGUGCCUUUACCAGAACCUGAACGACCUUUAGUACAGGAUCGAACGUUAUUUAAAUUGUGCAAAGAUACAGAAACAUCUGAGUCAUUUGAAAAACUAUUGACAACAUUAAACAUGCAUCUAAAACAAACAGCAGAAUUGUGGUACAGUCAGCAUCGUACUGCUGAUUCUAAGUUGCAAUGGGGGUCACCCAUUCAGGUGGAAGUUGCUAAAAAUAGUUUGGAUAGAAAUAACAAAAUAAUUAAGAAAAAGAAAAUACAACCUUAUGAACUCUCAAACAGAAUAUUAAGUUCUUACAAAGAAACUUGUGUUACUAUGGAUGAAAAAGAUCAACUUCUUAACAAUGACAAUAUUAGGAGAAACAUUACAGAAACUGAAAAUUUGGACAUAGAAGAUAAAAAACGUGAAUAUAUAUCACAUGAAUCAUUUUCUUCUUAUUCAAAAAAUAUGAUUCCUCGAAGUACUAGGGAUUGUUUUAAUAAAGAACAAAAGGAUAAUGUUAGCAUUCUUACUAACACGUUAUCAACACAUAAAACCAAAAUGUCAUCAGAAAAUAUAGAAAUUAAGCCACUACCAAUAAAAAGUCUUUCACGUAGAGUUAAAAGCGAGUGUAUAAUUUUGGAAAAAAUUCAAGUGGAAAAACAAAAGAAGAUGGAAUUUGCAAAAGAAGAAAUUCCAAAAAAAGAGGAAGAAGAAAGAAAGAAAAAGGAGGAAUUUUAUAAAAAGCAAAUAGAAGUGCAACAACAAAGCCAAAAGCAAAGGGAAGAGAGAGGAAAAUUUAUGGAAGAAAAGAAUAAGAGAUGGAAAAGUAUAAUAAAUACAAAAUCUCAUAAAAAUGUUAGUGAAGAAAGUAAAGAGAGAACGUAUGGCCUACACAAACAAAACGAAACUUUAUAUCAGGAUAACAGUACUCCGGUAAUUAAAAAACUUGAUUUUAUGAAAUAUAAUGUAUCAGAUAAUAUAAAUUGUCCCAUCUGCAAUCAGUGUUUUCCAAGUGAUAAGAUAGAAACACACGCUGCCGGAUGCGAACAAUACGUAACUGAUAAUGAAGAUGAGAAUAAUUCUCAUUUUAUUAGAAGUAGUACUGUGCCACUAAAUAUUAACAACGAAGAAAUUUUUGAAUGUGAUUUCAAUGAAACUAACUGCACAAAUUAUGAACAAGUUGACAAUUGUUUGCAGAAACAACAAGAAGAAACAUUACCUGAAUAUACAAGUACUGAAAUUGAUAACAUCCUUAACUCGCCAAUUCGUUGUUAUAGACCAAUUAGUGAACAAACAGAUUCUGAAAUAGAUUAUAGAAGACAAUUUCCAUCAAAUAGCAGAUCACAUAUACAUUCCAGUAAAAGAAGGAAACUUUACCAGGACAAUUGUAACUGUCUACUCACUAAUGAUUUAUUAAAAAGAUUUAUAAAUUAUAAGAAAGAGAGAGAGAGGCCUGUGCAACUAAAUUGUAUCUUGAAAACGCAUGAAAUCAAACUGUGUUAUCAAAAGAAUAAUUAUAAUAUCGCUAACAUAAAUAUUAUUUACAUUUUUCAUGUUUUUAUAAUUGUUUGUUUAAUUACUAAAACUGUUUUAACCAUAACCUUAGAUGGUUUAUGGUCAGUCAGAGAAUUUUAUGGGAAGCAAUGAUAUAAACAAUCGAUGGAUUGGUAAUCAAUCAGUUACCUAUAGUAAAAGGUUUUAUGUAAAUGAAACAUUACUACGUGCUUCCAAAGUGAUAUUAAUAUUUCAUGGCUUGGACACAUUUUCUACAAUUUCAAUAAAUGCACAGGAAAUUGGAAAAACAUCAAAUAUGUUUCUGAGAUAUACAUAUGAUGUGACAAAAUAUCUAAAAAUGGGGGAGAACUUAUUAUCAGUCUUUUUUUAUUCUGCUGUUAAAGAGGCAAAAUUCUUAUAUGAAACACAAGCAUUAAAGUACAUUAUUCCUCCUGUAUGUGUACCAAACACUUAUAAUGGAGAAUGUCACAUUAAUCAUAUAAGAAAAAUGCAAGCAAGUUUCUCAUGGGAUUGGGGUCCAGCGUUUCCCUCUAUGGGUAUUUGGAAAAGCGUGGAACUAAUUCCUGUGAAUGACAUUUUUAUCACAAACAUUGCAACUGACAUAUUUAAAGAAAGAAAAUUUUGGAAUAUCAUAGGAACAAUAUCUCUUGAAGUUAUACAACAAAAAAAUGUUCAAUUUUUACCUUGCCAAAUUUCAUGUGUCUUGAAUAUUGAUAAAGAAACAAAUAUUCAGAAUUCUAGUACUAUUAUUUUAAAUACACGUAAUGCAUCGGUAGAAACAAAUAUCUCUCUUAGAAUACCUUUGGAACUGGUAGAUAAAUGGUGGCCAAAUGGUUAUGGCAAUCAGACUCUCUAUUCGUUCACUGUAGUUGCAGCAACAAAUAAUACUACAAAACAAAAAUCAGUGCGCAUUGGUUUCAGAACAGUGGAACUUGUACAAAAGCCCCUUAAGAAAGGAUUAAGUUUCUACUUUCAAAUAAAUGGCAUUCCAAUAUUUGCAAAAGGCAGCAACUACAUUCCAGCCAGCAUUUUUCCAGAAUUAAGUGCUAAACCAGAUACGAUUAAACAUUUAUUAGAAUCAGCAAAAGCAGCUAAUAUGAAUAUGCUUAGGGUCUGGGGUGGUGGCCUUUAUGAAUCUGAAUUAUUUUAUAAUAUAGCUGAUGAAUAUGGAAUCAUGAUCUGGCAAGAUUUCAUGUUUGCAUGUGGUAUGUAUCCAACCACAACAAAAUUUCUCGAUUCUGUCAAAGAAGAAAUUGUGCAAAAUGUACAAAGAUUAAAGAAUCAUCCUAGCAUUGUCCUUUGGGCUGGUAACAAUGAAAACGAAGCAGCUUUGUAUGGAAACUGGUAUGGAACUGGUACUUCUCAAGUAUAUAAAACUGAUUACGUCAAGCUUUAUGUAGACUUGAUAAAGAAGGAAGUAGAACGAUUAGAUUCUACCCGACCUUUUGUAAUAUCUAGUCCGAGCAAUGGAUUAUACACAGAACAAUAUAAUUAUACUGGAGAGAAUCCAUAUUCAAACUACUAUGGAGAUGUUCAUUAUUAUAAUUACAUUUAUAAUGGAUGGAAUAUGCACCAAUAUCCUCUCACAAGAUUUGCAUCCGAAUAUGGAUUCCAAUCACUACCCUCAAUUUACACGAUAUUACCGGUCAUUGAAACAAUUGCUGAUUUAAAUAUAAACAGUGACUUUAUGAUGCAUCGUCAACAUUUACCAUUAGGAACAUUAUAUAUGAUAGGUCUUAUUUCAAAAAACUUUCAAAUACCUGAAGUUCAAAAUAGAGUGAUAGACUUCGUGAAUUUUAUAUAUUUAAGUCAAAUCAAUCAAGCUGUUUCUGUGAAAGUGCAAACAGAAUUCUACCGACAAUCCAUGUCUACACUAAAUGAAUUAAGUGAAGGAAGAACAAUGGGGGCAUUAUAUUGGCAACUGAAUGACGUUUGGCAAGCUCCGUCUUGGUCCUCAAUAGACUUCAAUGGCAAAUGGAAAAUACUUCACUAUUAUGCUGUAGACUUUUUUGCUCCUAUUAUAGUCACUUAUUAUAUUCAAAGGAGUCAUUUUUCAAUUUACAUUGUUUCUGAGAAAUUACAUCCAAUAACUAAUGUUACAUUGGGCGUCAAUAUUUAUACAUGCAAUAGUAUGAAACCUGUGCAAUCGUUUAAUUUUCACAAUAUAACUGUAAAAGCAAAUGCAGCGACUAAAAUUCACAAUAAUACAUUCGGACACUCAUGGUUCUUGAAUUCUACAAUUCCUGAAUGUCGUACUAAUACAUCUAAUACUUGCAUUACAACACUUACUUUAAAAGAUAAAACUGGAUCUCAAAUAGCACCUAGAAAUUAUAUAUAUCCAAACGAUGGUUUUAAAACUGUUGUUCUUCCAACUGUAAAUGUUUCUGUCAAAGUAAAUGAUUACCACAUUCCUGGAACAUACUCCAACUAUCCAAAUAUAGUAUGCGAAUUGACAACUAAUAAUUUAGCAUUUUUUGUGUGGUUGGAAGCAGGUAAUAUUUGUGGCCGUUUUUCGGAAAACGGUUUCCACAUGUUCGAAAGAAGGAAAACUGUUAUUUUCCAUGCAUGUGAGGGGAUUACACCACAAUUAUUUCAAGAUUUCUUAAAAAUUACUACCCUGUCCGACAUUUAUAAUCCAAAGGCAUAAGAUAUAUACAGUUUUUAUUAAAUUAAAAGUUCAAGAUUCAAUAUUAAUUAAUUGAAUUUUAUAUGCUUGAUUGUGGGAAAUAUUGUUCUCGAUGUAAAUAAAGUUCAAACCCAAUAAGAAUUAUAAGUACAAUUAGAAUUAGGCUAAUUAUUAAGUACCAUGUAUUCGAGUUAAUCAUGUUGUAUGUCUGUAUAAAUUUGUUUUUAAAUUUGAAGAAUAAUCUCUUGUUAAAUUUA